CUGAUUGGCCAGCAGCACUUCAGUAAACCAUCAGCUUCCUGGUUAUCUGCAAAUGGACAAAUAAACUUGUUUUUAAACCUGUGCUACGGUGGGAAACUCUGGCUUCAUUUUACUGGGGAUCACCAUGUCACCCAGAAGCGGCUGGAGCCCGGUUCUGCUCGUCGUGUGCUGUCUUUUUGUAACUGCCUAUUGUAAGUUUCCUACCCUAGACCACAUCAAACCGAAAGCCAGCGACAAGGCGCAGGGGAGAGCAGUGGUCGAGCUGCUGAGACGCCUGCUCGGGACCAGAUCUCCUGAGUUCCUAGUGUCAGUCAACAGGAGCCUUUCCAACGACAGCCUAGACGUGUGUGAGCUCAGGUCCACUAAAAACAACAAGAUAGUCGCUACGGGCAGCACCGGAGUGGCAGUGGCUACUGGCAUUUACAACUAUUUGAAAUAUUUCUGCAACUGCCAUGUUUCCUGGUCUGGUGACCAGCUGGACCUGCCCCGUCCUCUGCCGAGGCUCACCGGCGUCCUGCGCAUCAACACCCGGCACAGGUUCCGGUAUUACCAGAACGUCUGCACUUUUAGCUAUUCCUCUGUGUGGUGGGACUGGCCAAGGUGGGAGAGAGAGAUCGACUGGAUGGCACUCAAUGGAAUCAAUCUGCCACUGGCUUUCACAGGACAAGAAGCCCUGUGGCAAGAGGUCUACCGAGCUCUUGGGUUAAAUCAGUCGGAGAUUGAAGAGUUCUUCUCUGGCCCGGCGUUUCUCGCCUGGAACCGAAUGGGAAACGUUUUCAAGUUUGGUGGGCCUCUGCCACAGUCCUGGCAUGUGAACCAGCUCUACCUCCAAUUUAAAAUCUUAGAGCGAAUGAGAUCCUUUGGCAUGACUCCUGUGCUGCCAGCCUUCUCCGGGAACAUUCCCAAGGGAAUCCUCAGGUUGUAUCCGGAAGCCAAUGUAACCAGAUUGGGGCCUUGGGCUCACUUCAACUGCAGCUUCUCAUGCUCCUAUAUCUUAGACCCUCGUGACCCACUUUUCCUCCAGAUCGGUUCCCUCUAUCUGUCCCAGGUGGUGAAGCAGUUUGGUACAGAUCACAUCUACAACACUGACACCUUCAAUGAGAUGACUCCCCCCUCCUCUGACCCCACCUACCUGUCUGCAGUCAGUCGUUCUGUCUUUGCCUCAAUGACCGCAGUUGAUCCUCAGGCAAUUUGGCUGAUGCAAGGCUGGCUGUUCUUCAGUGACGCAGUGUUCUGGAAGCCGGCCCAGAUUCAGGCCCUACUACACGGAGUGCCCCUCGGAAGAAUGAUCGUGCUGGACCUGUUUGCAGAGACCGAGCCAAUUUUCUCCUACACGGAGUCUUUCUAUGGACAGCCCUUCAUCUGGUGCAUGCUGCAGAACUUUGGGGGUAACAGUGGAUUCUUUGGCACAGUGGAGAGCAUCAAUUCAGGGCCCUUCAAAGCCUUACAUUUCCCGAACUCCACCCUGGUGGGCAUCGGCUUGACACCUGAGGGCAUUGAGCAGAAUCCUGUGAUGUACGAGUUGAUGAGCGAGCUGGCUUGGCGCAAGGAGCCGGUCAACUUGUCAAAGUGGGCGUCGCUAUAUGCAGUACGCCGCUACGGCAGCACACAAGAGAACCUGACCGCUGCAUGGAGGCUCCUGUUCGCCAGCGUCUACAACUGCACAGUGCCACAUUACCGAAACCACAACCAUAGCCCACUGGUGCGCCGGCCUUCCUUUCGCAUGAAUACUGACCUUUGGUAUGACCCGGCUGAUUUGUACAAAUCCUGGAAACUGAUUAUUGAGGCAGCUCCAUCUCUCAUGUCCAAGGAGACUUUCCGGUACGAUCUUGUGGAUGUGACUCGGCAGGUCCUACAAGUCCUGACAACUAUCUUUUACCAGGAUAUCGCAGAUGCCUUCCUGCACCAAAAGCUGCCGGAGCUGCUGACUGCAGGUGGGGUGCUGGUCUAUGAUCUCUUGCCUGAACUCAAUCGUUUGCUCAGUAGUGACCGCAACUUCCUGUUGGGGACAUGGCUGGAGCGGGCCCGGUCUUUAGCCCUAGAUGAGAAGGAGGCACAGCUCUACGACAUGAACGCCAGAAACCAGCUCACUCUAUGGGGUCCCAGUGGUGAGAUCCUGGACUAUGCCAGCAAAGAGUGGGGAGGCCUUAUGGAGGACUACUAUGCCCAGCGAUGGGGCCUUUUUGUUCAUACUCUGGUAGAGUGCCUGGACAGCGGUCGACCAUUCAAGCAGGAUGCCUUCAACCAGGCAGUUUUCCAGGUAGAAAAGGGAUUCAUUUACAACGGCCGAAGGUACCCGACCAAGCCUCAGGGAGACGCAUACGAGAUCGCCCACAGAAUCUUCCUCAAGUACUACCCACAGGCCUUGAAGAGACUAUAGUGAGCAGAGACUACAUUUUGAAAAAACUUGUCUCAAGUCGCAGCAAGAAGAAUGUCUUCCUCCACCUCCGAUUUCCAUGGCUAUCCCAAAACAUUUAGUCAUAGAAAAUCUAACAGCCUGAAUCUACAGGACCAAUCUGUAGUACAACAUGUAGUCAAAUCAGUGAUGGAUAGUUGUGCAUGUGGCAGGGGGAGAAGGAUUUUCACAUAUCACUUGAGUUUUCAUGAGAUGUCUUUGAUUCCACUGCUCUUAAAGAACUAGUUCAACAUUUUUGGAAAUACACAUAUUCACUUUCCCAGAAUGAAAAGAUGGAUUUAAAUCCCAUGCCUGUGUGUUAUGUAUGGAGCUGGAAUCAGGAUGUGGUUAGCCUAGCUUAGCAUAAAGACUGGAAGCAGAGGGAAAUGGAAUAGCCUGGCUCUGUCCAAAGUACAAAACAAGACUAAAGCUGUGUUAUUUACAGUGUAUAUUGUUUGAUUACGUGUCGGAACUAUUUCUUAACGAACAACCGUGUAUCCAUCCGCCCCACACUUCUGUGCUGCAUCUCUUACUAUAGCCGGGGUUCAGUGGACUCAGGUUUUGGUCUCUGUGCAGACACGACGGUGCUGUCCAGUUAUCGGGCUGUUUUUUAAUCAGUGACUGCCUCGAUCUUGAAAACAACUUAGGAUGAUGACAGAGGACACAGAGACAACUCACUCCUUCUCCAGGUUUAUUUAAUUUUCACAAAUGAAUGUAUAUACAAGGAGUUUGUAGGUAGGUAAUUAGGUUGAAAACCUUUUUUUAAAUAGAAACAAAGAGAAAACACACACAAUUAGCUCAUUGCUGAAAGGUAAUAAUGUCAUUAGCAUCUAAAUAAACAAUCAGAAGCAAACUUAGUCUUUGAAUAAUUUACAAAGUAAUUAAACACCUCAAU